UAAGUAUAUAUGUAUAUUUUUUCAUUAAGUGAAAAUUCGAUGGUUUUUUAUGGGAUGAUAAUUAAAUAGUAACCGUGCCUACGUUAUUGGUAUACCCUGGCGGUGCAUUAGCGAAUGCUGAUAAGUGAGGAUGAAACUAGGUCAUUUAGGCACUUAGCCCAUCGUGACGGAUUUAAGAAAAAUUAGUUUAAAAUUAGGUUAAAGAAUUCAGGUGGAGGUUGACUAUAGCAAUAAACUCUCAGACUCCCCAUUACUAAUAAUGGUGAUUUUAAACCCUAUUAGUAACAAACAAUUUCCCCCACAAAGUUAUAUUUUCACCUUCCAGUCAAAAAUGUAGUUGAAAACAAAAUACAACUGUGUAGAACUUUAAUAUUAUAUUUUCACAUAUAUAAGACGAAAAUGACUGCUAUUGAUCAAUGAAAAGUGUUAAAAUUGUUCUUAUUCUAACUGCAUUUGUAAUUGGACUUCCACAUUAUUUUGCCUACACUAUUGGAAUUAAUCUUAAUCUAUUGUUGACCUGUAGUGUAAAACAUACUCUGUAAUGUAAGGCUCUUUCUAAUAAUGUGUAUAUAUGAGAAUAAGUAACAAGACAAUAAAAUUUUGCAGGAUAAUAGUAUAAAGAACACUUGUGAAAGUCAAGUAUAAAUAUAGUUCAAUGGCACAUAUUUUGGUUCUUGAUUCUGUUCAAGAUGUAUUCAUUUGUGGGUGUUGUAAAACAGUUUUUAACUCUUUGCAAGUGUUUCUAGAUCAUAAAAGCCAGCUAUGUAAUAAAGACAACCAGCCACAGUUAUUAGAGCCUGCAAAUAACAUAGUAUCACCUAAAUGUGCAUUAUCAACUCCAGACACUUUAAGUGAAGAUAACAAUAUAAGAGAUAUAACUUGCAAUCAUUGUAGUAAAAAAUUCAAGAAAAUCACUAGCUUAUUUGCACAUUUGAAAACACACAAUGAUAAACCAUAUCAAUGCCCGAUUUGUGGACGAUGUUUUGUACAGAACUCUCAUUUGCAAAGACACAUCAAGUGUCACAGGGUAUGGCCAGAAGGACUUAGUAAAACAACUGCUACAUCUACAGAAGUAGAUCUUUUAAGUUAUUCAUGUUCAUAUUGUGACAUGGUAUUGUCAAAUUAUAUCCAAUUCAGAGGCCACUUAAAGAAUCAUUUAUCAUUAAAAAAAUUCAAAUGUGUUCAAGAUGGAUGUGUUAGCUUGUAUGACAGUAUUGAGGGUUUGCUUCAUCAUGUGACUGUAGCUCAUUUAACCCCAAAGUAUUCAUGCCAUAAUGCUACUUGCAGUAAAGUAUAUAAUUCUUUAGAAGACAUUGCAAGUCAUUAUCAAAACCAUGAUGAAUGUAGGACAGAUCGAAACAGUACUGUACCCAAAAAAUAUAAAUGUUUACAAUGUGAUGCUACUUUCAGAAGAUUGGAAAAGUUAUCUUUGCAUAUGGUUACUGAAACUCAUAAAAAGACUUGUAUUCAUUGUGGAAAGAUAUUUGCAAGUGAUAAAAGAUUAAGGCUCCACUUACAGAUACAUAGAAAAUUGAAACCUUUUCAAUGUAAUGUUUGUAACAGCAGCUUUCACAUGAAAAAAUAUUUAUCCGUUCAUAUGUUAAAACAUGGUGACAGGCAAUAUACAUGCAGUAUUUGUAGAUAUAUGUUUAAGAGGCCAGAUUUACUCCAAAGACAUAUGAAAUUACAUCAAUUAAGAAGAAAAUUUACAUGUCCAUUCAAGGACACAUUAAAUUGCAAAAAAGAAUUUAGUAGAAGCGACAAAUUAAAAACACACAUGAAACUUCAUACAAAACACAUGCCGCUUUGUUCUACUCCACCUAAAACAUUACCUGAUCAUGAAGCAGGCACAGUAGAGAUAUGUAUAGUACCUUUAGACAAGAAUAACAAAUAACUUUAUGAGUCAUUACUAGAUUUUGUCUAAUUUAUAAAUACAUAAUUGUAAACAAUGUAGGUAGUUAUUAUUUAUAUAUAAUUUAUACAAGUUAUUUAAUUGUUAUUUAAUAAUAAAAUUGAUUAACUAAAUUGUUUUCUUCAAA